AAAAAGGCUCUGAAGCUGCUGGGACUCUGGCUGCUGCUGACUCUCCAGCAGAAAUAACUUUCACUUUGUCACACUGAGGACUGCGAACUUCAACCUGACAAUGUUCAGGACAUAUUCUGUCUACGCCCACUUGACGCCAGACGUCCUUGGAGCACACGCGGGAACACAAGAGAAGCUGGCCUCUGACGACAACAACAAGACAAACGAGAAGCGGAAGCAACAGUGACUCAGAUGGUACAGCAGCAGCACCAGCUUCAAGUUCGCUGUAUCGACCCAUUAUGCCUCCCACAAUCUUGAGGAGCACACAGACUUCCUCAGUUAAUCUGUUUGGAGGAGGCAACAGUGACUCAGAUGGUACAGCAGCAGCACCAGCUUCAAGUUCGCUGUAUCGACCCAUUAUGCCUCCCACAAUCUUGAGGAGCACACAGAAUCCCUACUCGUUUGGAGGAGGCAACAGUGACUCAAAUGAUGUGUUAGUAGCACCAGCUUCAGGUUUGCUGUAUCGACCUGUUCAGCAUCGCAGAAUCCUGAGGAACACACAAACCUCCCAUGUUUUCCUGUUAGGAGAAGCGAUGCCAAGAGCCACUGAGGAGCUGAGGAUUGUGCUGGUGGGGAAGACUGGAUCUGGGAAGAGCGCCUCAGGAAACACCAUUCUUGGCUCUAAUGCCUUCAAAUCAGUGAUGAGCCCCAAGUCCAUUACUGACGAGUGCUCCAAGGCCAGAGCGACGGUGGACGGACAAGACGUGGUGGUUAUCGACACCCCAGGUCUGUUUGACACCAGCCAACAGGUGAACUCCACAUGUAAACACAUCAGCCAGUGCAUCUAUUACGCUUCUCCAGGACCCCACGUCUUCCUGAUUGUCACCAGACUGCGCAGGUUCACAGAGGAAGAGCUGAAGACAGUGCAGCUGAUUCAUGAGCUGUUUGGUCAGGCUGCAGACAGAUACAGCAUGGUCCUGUUCACUCGAGGCGACGACCUCAAAGGAACCACUAUCGAGGAGUUCAUCGGGAGCUCCCCAGACCUGCAGGAUCUGGUGAACAGAUGCCACGGCCAGUACCACGUCUUUAAUAAUAACCUGAAGACUGGCCCUCAGGUCAGCGAGCUGCUUCAGAAGAUCAGAAAUAUAGUGAGGAACAACAGAGGAAGCCACUACACCAGCAAGAUGUUCCAGGAAGCAGAAAGGGCAAUUGAAGAGGAGAAACAGCGCAUCCUGAAAGAGAAGGAGGCAGAAAUGCACAAGGAAAAGGAGCAACUGAGGAGUGAAAUGCAAGCAGUAUACGAAGAACAGCUGAGAGAGCUGAAGGAAUAUCACGAGUCUGAAAGGAUGGAGGACAGGAAGGUCAGAGAACAGGAAAAUCAGGCAAUGCAGGCCAGGUUGACUGAACUGACAAGGGAGGGUGAGAGGUUUAUAAAUGAGAAGGUGAAGAUGGAGAUGGAGAUGCACAGGGAGAAACAAAAUACGGAGCUGGUGGCGGCGAGGGAGCGUCAGGACAGGGAGAAGAUGCAGGAGCAGAUGCAGAAUAUGUUUAUGGCGUUAAACAUGCAGAACAAGCAGAACAUAAUGGAGAUGCAGAAUCAACAGCAGCAGCAGCAAUGGGAGAUAGAAAAGCAGAGAAUGGAGCUGCAGCAUAGAGAUGAUGUAGUGAGAGUGGAGAGGGAGCUCGACAGAGCUCGGUUUGAAGCAGAAAAUGCAAAAAUAUCACAGGCCAAGUCUGAAAGUGAGCUGAAAGCCAAAGAGAAAGCUUUGGAGGAGACACGUAGAAGAGAGGCCAGAGAAAAAGCUGAAAUACUGGCAAAUACUCAACGGAGGCUGGAAACCACGGAGCUGGCUUUGCAGGAGAUGCGCAUCAGAGAGGGCAAUAAAAGCAGUUGCAGGCUUAUGUAAGGCCUUUUUUUCCUCAUUCAGAACCUACAGACGUAGAUUUCAGGUCUGAUACAGGGAACAAUAGUUAGAGCAAAUGCAUUUGUCUCCAUCCAUUAUCUAAAAAAUGGUCAUAAUGUUCACUUUGUUGAUUCUUAGUUUUACAUUUUGUUUUAGCAGAUGUUUUUAUCCACAGCGACGUUCAUCUGAGAGUAGAUCAAAGGUAGGGUGGCGGGAAGCACUAAGGACUGAGGGUAAUCACUGGACAACCUGGGGAAAGUCAGGGGUGCUAAUCACUGAGCUGUUCAGCUGCUGCUAAUUUUGUUUCUGUCUGUCAUUGUCUGAAGUUUGUUCAUGCAGUUUAUUUAAAUGUAGUAAAGGUUAAACCAUAAUCAACAUUAAUGUCACAGAAUUUAUUAACAUAUCAAUCUGCUAAACUAAUAUUGAUCCUGUUGAACAAACACAGAAAUGUGAUGUCUCUAAAUUGUAUUCAUCUGUCACCCAAUCAUGUUAAGCGUUAUUUUUUGUUCAUGAAAUUUAUUUCAACUAGUAAAAAAAAUAAAUCAUGAGCAGCGUUAGUCUGUAACACUUAAUAAAUGACAAAAAAACGA